AUGACGUCCGCGCGGUCCUACCCGCCUUUGUACCCAGCUGGUGUCUUCGUGGUCCGCUCGAAGCAAGAGCUGGCGCCUCUUGUGGCGCGGCUGCGCGCGGCCCGACGACUGAAGCCAGGGCGUAACGUCACUGUGUUCGACGGCGAGCACUUUGCCGAGGUGGCGGAUGCGCUGGAGAUCAGGCUAUCGGCGAGCGCUCCUGAAGGGCGUGGGGGCGGCGCCAGUGAGGACGCGGCCUGCAGCCUGAGGGAGACGCUGGUGCACCUUCGUGAGACGACUGAGGCCGAGGCAGCAGAGCUUGUGAUGGCCACACAGACAGGGGGGCGGACAGGGCUUUCUGGAAACGACGGCAUCAUUGCACUUCUGCCCACAAGUCUCUCCACGUCUGAGGCACAUUCGACUAAUGCGCGCGCAUCUGCCCCAGCAGUGAUGUAUGAACGGUGUGCGCUCAUCACAGCGCGCGACUCCGUCGAAGGUGAAGAAUUUCUUUCGCUGCUGCGCGUCCCGUGUGCGGAGCGAGCAGGCACGAGGUGGCCCCUGUACAUGGCGGCGCACGUGGUCGGCGAGUUUGCGGAGACGGAGCUUCGCACGCUUUUCUCUUCUGAUGGAUCGAGUGGCGGCCCCAGCACCGAAAGUGACGGUGCUGACGGACACGAGCCGAUGAAAUCAUCUACGCCGGUGGCUUACAUCCGGGGCGUCCGGCGGUUCCACCGUGUGUGCUGUCCGGUGCUAGCGGAGAUGCCAUCUGCGCUCGCAGCGAUGCGGCGCACAGCAUUGCUGCAGCGCCAUCACCGCCUCGUCCAACGUGGUGAGGCGGCGGCAGACAGCCCGUGUGCGCCACCAUCAUCGGAAACGGGUGCGCCAUCGCUAUCGGCUGCCACCCUCCAGCGCAGUAGCGCUCCGCCGGGGGGCCUCUCUCGAGAUGCCAACACCGCCUGCAGUCCAUUUUUCACGUUCUCCGAGUUGUUUGGCGGCAUUGGCAUGUUCCGCAGUGGUCUGGAGCGCGUUGGUGGUCGUGCCGCUUUCGCCGUGGAGUUUGCGCCUCCUGCGCAGAUCGUCUACGCACUCAACCACCGCUGCCUGCACGACUGUCCAGCCGCCCUACAGCUGCCAAACGCGAAGCGAGAAGAUCCCGGAGAAAACACCAGAGGCUUACUCACUCAGCGCGGUGGCGGCCGCCUCCGCAGCGGGACCGCCAUGUCCGCUGCCGCCUCCGCAGCAGCCGAGGACUACGCAGCGACGGAAGGAGGCUUUCCUGACGCCACAGCGCGCUCUGUGCCGUUCCUCGUCGGCGACAUCACCGAGAUACCCAGCGCCUUCUUUCCCACGCACGACGUGCUCACAGGCGGCUUCCCGUGUCAGAGUUUCGCCAAGGCUGGCGAUGCUGCAGGGCUGCACGCGGACAAGGGGUGGUUGUUCUACGAGGUGGUGCGGGUGCUGGCUGCUACUCGACCGACAGCAUUCUUGCUGGAGAAUGUGGAGCAUCUUGUCGAGGUGGAAACUGGCGCGCAGCUCGCUGUGAUCCUUGCCCGGCUCCACCGCCCGGCGUCGGCGUUGUCCACGCCGACCGCCGAGGAUGUCGCGCUGGAGUACGAGGUGCAGCAUGUGGUCGUGGAUGGCGGCGCCCUAACACCGCAGACACGAAAGCGAGUGUACUUCUUCGGCUUCCGGGCCGCCUCAGCUCUGGUGCCGGCACGUGCGGCGUCCCUUGAUUACGCCCUCUGUCAGUUCGCCCUGCCUCGCGCUGACGAUGGGGAGGCAAGCGCGGCUGCAGCCCGAGUUGUAGCUGAUGCCCUUCAGCGAAUCAAGGUCGCUUCUCUGGAGUCGCCAUACCGCAUCGUCCGGGAGCUGCUCGUGGCCCCCUCGACUGUGGACGCGUCAUACUCAACACCACAAGGCCGCUCAAUGCAGGAUGAGCCAACUAGCACAUCACGCGGAGAGAAGAGUGCGGCCCACAGCUCCGCACACGGCGACCUUCAGCUGACCCCCGCUCAAUGGGAGGCGGUUCGACGCAGUCGCACGUACCGGCAGAACCCGCUGUGGCGUCUGUGCGACGUGCAAGGGCGGGCCCGCACCCUGCUGGGCAGCUACCGCACGAGCUAUCAACUCUACUCCGAGUUUGUGCCUUUUUCAUCAGAGCGGACGCAGCAUGAGGUCGUGGCGAUGCUACUGGAGAAGACGCCGCUGAAGCCAGGGGACGACGCCGAUGAUGUGCGCGCUGGCGGUUCAGAGAACCCGGCGAUUCCGGCCCCGCCGCCUCCACCGCUGCGGUUCUUCGCGCUGCGCGAGUGCGCGCGCUUGCAAGGGAUCGAGGACACUUUCCUUCUUCCACACGACACGACGCAGCUCUCGUCAAGCGCUGAUGGCGCAACUCCACCGGGUGCUACUGUGAUUCCUGCUGCAGUGCUCCGCCAGGUGCCGUCCGGUGCCGUAUACAAGCUGAUUGGCAACGCCGUCAACCCGCGGGUAGUGACAUGCUUGGGCGGCGCCAUCGCGUCCUACCUACAAGAGCGACGUCGCUGA